UGGCGAUGGCGGAUGAUGUGGAAUGCUGUGCUGUCCGCUGAGUCGUUUUCAGUCCGUGGCUACCAGCGUCUCUGUCGCGCAUUGGACAACACGUAUUGGAGACUCGUGUGUGUUGGGCAAGGAUUCUUUUAAAACGGAAUAAUCUAUUGGUGCUUUUUCAUGCAUACUCCUGUCUUGGUUAAUUGCGCCGCUGCCCCCGAUCGAUACGUUCGUUCAACACACGCGUUAUGAUCAUUGCGAUUAGCACCAUUACGACGGCGAUCGAACAGGAGCUUUCCAUGAACCGUCUCGGCGCCGGGACAGACGACAUCGCGCCGUCCAACAACACGACGUCUUUAGGAGAACUGUCGUCGGAGAAAGAGGAGGGAAGAAGAGAAUGACAACGACCGCGUUGUCGACAGACGAUGCCUACAUCUCAAGAUGGCGACGAGUCAUUUGACGGUUGACGCCGAUUUCCAGGCCGUCAAACUGGCGGUGCUCGGAGCGCCUGGUGUGGGCAAGAGUUCCAUCAUUCGACAGUUUGUGAUGAACCAGUUCGUGGAGGACUACUGCCCCACCGACAACAAGGAAGUGUUCUGCCCGUCCGUCAUCAUCAACGAGCACCUGUACGAGCUGAAGAUCAUCGACUGUCCGUACAUCCCGUACUUCCCCGUCAACUCGCUCUACGAGUGGACCGACUUCAGGGGCUACGGCCUGCGCAACGCUUCCGCCUACAUCCUCGUGUACGACAUCACCUCGGAGGAAAGCUUUCAGUACAUCAAGAACCUCCGGGACCAGAUCCUCGAGAGCAGGGACAUGCACGACGUGCCCAUGUUCGUCGUCGGCAACAAACACGAUCUGGCCGAGGAGCGCGGCAUGCCGAGGCGGGAAGUAGCGACGAUGGUCAAGAAGCAGUGGAAGUGCGGCUACAUCGAGUGCUCGGCCAAGUUUAACUGGCACAUAGUACUGUUGUUCAAGGAACUCAUGAAAACGGUGGAUUACAUAGACUACGGCCACAAACCCACGGCCAUCAGGGUACAAGACGCUCUCCGGCGAAACAGGUGCUUGAUUCUUUGAUAUUAUACAUUGUAAUUGCCAUCUACAUCAUACAUAGAUAUACUUUCAGUUUCAUCUGCAUUGGAACUAUUACAUUGUGUUGUUUGUCGGGUAAAUGUUUUAAUAUUAUUAUUCUAGGUUUAUUUGUGAGAGUGAAUGUGUUUAUAAUCGACAUAAAGACAUAAUAGAAUUGUAAACGGAAAAAGAUCCCAUUAAAACAAAUCCAUUAGUAUUUGUGUAUUCUGUUGAAAACCUUUUACCUAUUUAUGAUUAUGUACUAGACUUAACUAGAAUACAUGCUAUUUAUAUUAUUAAAUUUCUGUAUUUCCUUUCAAUGACUAGUGACACAAAGACCGGAUUACCCUUUUGGCACACAUGUCUAUGACAAUUAUUGAUAUAUAGCUAUGUUGUGGGCAUGUCAUACAUUAUGCACGAGCUCUUUGCAAUUUAUUGAAAAUUAAUUUGUAUUCGCUAUAACAUGGGGGCCAUAACUAAAGUUUGUUAUCACUCAAGUUAUGUUGUGUAGUCUGUAGUAUAAACAUUUCUAUCGCUUAUGAAAGUUGGGGGCAAUAAUAUUGAUUGAUGUCAUAUUUUUCCUACCAUAUACUUUGAUAUACAAUGGGUAUGAAAUGGAUCAUACAUAAUGUUUAUCAUUAAUGUUUGUUUGUUGGUUUGCAAUAUAUAAAUACCAAUAACCUAAGAAAGUUAGGAGCCUUAUUAAAUUUAUUGAAAUUGUUGAAAGCAAUAACAAAUACAGCACUAAUGAGGCGUUACCAGCGAUAUGUUUGAAAGUACCUGUACACGCGUGCCUUGAGUCGUAAUCUGAUCCUUAGUGACACUGCUGUUUAAAGAUUAUAUUGAUAUUAAACAGGUAAACGCAGGAAACAAUUACAGGUGUAUUAACUUAGCCAUUUUGUUGUUUAUUUGACUGUCAGUUGAUUUUAUUUUAAUUUAUAUACUUGCCAGCGGUUACUCUUAAAAAACAAAUAUUAUAUGUCAUAUGUUCACGUCAUUUUCAUUUGAUUUUCAAUAUAUUUAACUCGUGUUUGUACUUUCUUUCUUGUGUUCGUUAUAGCUGCAAACAAGUGACUGAUAAAGAACUAACACGCGAGAAAAGUGUGAUAUUCUCUGGUUUUGUGCAGAAAAUAACAAAGAAGAAGA